AUGGUCGACGCAUAUCCUCCGAUGGUCAUAGCGUCAAGUCAUCCUUCCGAUGUGGACCUCCUCAACAACCACCUCAUCCCAUGGAUAUCAGGCAAGAUCCGCAAGCCGGAAUUCAUCCAUCGGGUCGACGUCUACACCGCGGACCCGACGGAGCUCACAACAAAGUUUCUUCCGGCGCUCACCGUCGAUGGCGAGAAGGCGUGGUACUUCUUGUCGCCGGUGAGGGCGAAAGGCCGUCGCGGCCCGCGCAAGGCGCGAACGGCCGGGGAGGGGUGCUGGCACUCGGAGGCAGGCUCCAAGCCAGUGCAAGACGAUCUCGGCCACAAAAUCGGACGCCGUCAGUCUUUCUCCUUCGUCUACAAGACCGACGAUGGUCGAUCAUCGCGAAUACGGACUGGUUGGCUGAUGCUGGAGCUCGGGCUUGACUGCGAACCGCCGGGUGCCAGUAGGUCGUCGGAGGAGAUGGUCUUGUGUAAGAUUUACUUCACACCACGGACGCUGUCUGCACCGGGUGUCACGAGACCAGCCCAGGUUGCGGGCGGAGGUAAAAGGAAAAACACCGACGACGAGACUCCCGAUGAAGCACGUCCGGUUAAACAGUGUUGCCAUGGUCUGCCUUCAUCGAACAAUGAUGCCGUGAAGGAAGCGCCUCCCGUUGUACAGCGCUACCAUAGCCUGCUUCCUGAAGCAACUGCAUCGACCAAUGUUGUAACCGAUGACCUGCUGGACGAACACGGGACUUCAGGCGCGCCGGACUCGGUUUCACCUCCAACUUCUUCAUCAGAGUCGCCGUCAUCAUCACCUUCGUCGACGCCGCCGCCGUCUCCUACUUCGUCAACGUCGCCCAUCACUCUUCCAUCUUCCCUGAUGAUGCCGCGCGCGCGUGCACCAUUGGAGAAGCUUUCAUCUUCGCCGGUCCCGGCCGAAGAAGUGCUUCCUACAGUUCCGGCUGAUAGCAGCACGAGCAGUGCGCUCGCUGCUGAAACACCUUGUCCUUAUUUCAUACUUCCUUCCUUAGAUUACACUAGACAAGAAGUGUAUGUAAUUUGUAGAGGUAGCUGUAGUUUAACUCAUAAAGUUAGUAGAGGUGAUUGUCGUGUCACGUUUGAAAUUUGUAAGGGCGAUUGCCAAGGUUCAUGA